AAACUUUUCGCUUCAAGAAAAUUUUCAGAAUUGCUGUGCAAGCUAUUUUAAGGUGUUGAAUAUAGAUUGAUAAACAGUUAAUUGAUAAUUGACGGUCUAACCCAACGGACCUUACGAUCUGAGCGUUCAGUGAGUAUUUGAAUCUUUAUUUCCCCUAACAUAGCGAACCAUAAUCAUGAUCAAAGGAAGGCGAUUCUAUCUACAGUAUUCUUUUCUAUAUCUACUGAAUAACCUUGUAUAAGCUGUUCUAAGAAUUCAUAAAGCUCUCCCUACAAAAUCAAGAGCGGAGUUGAAUGUUGUCUUCCUCACAUGACAGAGGAAUGUCUGUAUUUCAUCGUUAAAAACUUCUUCUGGUUAUCGAGUUUUUCAAACAUGAUGACUCUUUCCGAAUUGACAACAAUUGGUCAGAUCAAAAAUGAUGAAGACCGGUUACGUGCAUAUAAACAGACACUGCAGGCAAAAUUGAACGAUUUGAAGAGAGAAUAUCAAAUUGCCAAAGAAAAUGCUGCACGUAAAUCAAAAUCGUUAGAUGAUUGGAGACAAAGAGAACGACAGAAUACGCAAGAGCGAAAAGCGCAGUUAUUAGAGGAGAUCGCGAAACGCAAGGCAAAUGUAACCAUAAAGCAAAAAGAGUUAGAAAGUAGUGAGGAUUCAUCACUGAUACAAAGGAAACAACAAUUGGAAGCGAAACGUGCGCAGUUAGAGUCUGAAGAGGCUAGCGCGAAUAAAGUUUGCGAACUGUUAGUGGAGAGAUGUUCACAAUUGCGAAAAGAACAGUUACGAAGGAAUGAAGACGCAAAGAUUGAGGCUACAGUACGGCAAUUGGAGUUUGAAGCAUUAUCAAAAAUUCUACAGUUAGAAAUUAUUAUACCUUCUCCCACAAGUCUACGGUUCCUUUUCAAAUACAUUGACAUUACAGAUCCUGAAAGGGUUUAUUCAUUGCAAGUCGGUAUUGGCAAUACUAAUAUAUACACAGUAUCUGAUUGUGAACCACAAAUACCCAAUCUUGAUUUUUUGCUCUCUCAAUUGAACGAAGAUCGAGAUUUAUUCAAAUUCUUAAAGUUGGUUCGAAAAGCAUUCAAAAAAGUGUGAUUCAUUGUGCAUUCUAUUAGGAUCACUUUCUCCAUAAUCUCCAUUAUACAUCUACCAGUUUCCAAGAUCAAUUAAAAGAUUUCCCUUCUUUCUUAUUACGUAAGCCAUGAAUUCACUCCCAAAAAGAAAACAA